ACAUGCAUAAGAUCUAUCUUAACUUAUGAAGUACCCGUUUUCCAUUGCGCACUGCCUUCGUACUUCCAGGGUGACCUAGAGCGUGUCGAAGGAAGAGCGUUAUCAAUUAUUUGCGCCGGUUUAGAUUACAAGGAGGCACUAGAUGUAACAGGCAUACUAACUAUACCAACUAUUAUUUUAUACAAUAAAGGUAUCUGCAACAGUACUUUAACCUUGACUAUUACCGACAAAGAGCACAGCCUAAGCAAGUUGUUGCCUGCCAUCAGCCAUAAUUCGUAUUCCUCAAGGGAAUAUGGGCGCUUAGCAGUUCCCAAGUGGCGUACUAAUCGUUUUUGAAAUACAUUCAUUAUGUCCUCCUGUUUAAAAAACGUUUUAUCAACUUCUGAGUAAUAAG